AUGGGGAAUAAGAACGAGAAGCCAAGUAAGAAAAGUCCGAAAGCAACGCCUCCACCACAGACCCCCGAAGUCGAAGCACCAAAGGAAAUACCCAAAGAAUUUUCCAAACCGAAAGAACCCGAAGCCCCAUCUUUGAUUGAGUUCACUUUAGCUCCAAUCUACAAAAUCGACAAUGAAGUGCCCAAAUUUUCCGACGAAGAGCUUUUGGCACUUAAAAAUGAAUUUGAGACUUACUCGACUGAUGGUCUUAUUAUGAAUGAGAAGUUAGUUUCCUUCUACGAGGAUUUAUGUGACUUCAAAAAAGAUGAGAAGAAUGAAAUUACAGUGUUUGACGAUUUCAGAACGACUUACAUUGCGUGGAUCUUCGACGCGAAGACUAACGAAAUCUCGUACGACCACUUCAUCAAAGGAUUGACACAUGCACAAGUGAAUUCAUUGAACAACUUUAAGCAGAAACUACCAAAAACCAUCUUAGAAGACAAAUUAAUAGCAGAACAAGUCUUUAACGCCUGUUUCUUCUUUAAUGGUCCGGAGAAAGCAAGUGGGACUAUCCCGCCUGAAAUGACUCAACUGACCGUCAACCUCUUUUUCAAUGGAAAUAAGAAAUUGGAGGACUUCAUACACUUCGUCACAGAGAAGUGUGCAGAUGGCGUCGACCACUCGACUUGGUUAUAUCUUUUCCCGUAUUUCGAUAACGACAAAUUCGACUUGACACAGAUGGACUUGGACGCUUACUUGGACCUCCCAUCGUUCUUCUCAGACUUCAAGAAAUUCCUAACCCAAAAGAAGUAA